AUGAAAAGUAACACACCUCGACAUGAUGAUCGCCGCUCCAUGGUUUCUGUUUCCAGUACUGGCAGCAGUGGCUUGGUGGAGGUAGCAAGUCAACGAUCAGCUAGUGGACAACUGCGGAAAUUCACCGCUGGAGUAGGCAAACCGGGACAGGCUCGAGAGGCCCGUGAAGCAGUACGAACAGCAAUGAGUACAAUGAAUCCGACGCGUAAACGACCAUUGGCGGAACCAUUGGAUUAUGAAAAAUUUUUGGGAGAGAACAGCUCGGUAAUAGAAAAUCUUAGUCAAAGAGAGCUGCUAUUGUUUCCACGCGAUGAUUUUACGGAAAUAUUAGUAUCUCCAGUGGAACGCACGGUAGUGCCAUCAUUAAGUGUACGAGAAAUAACAGAAGCAAAAUGGUUACUUACGCAAGAAGUCCUUUCAUUUUACAUUGCUUCAUAUCGUGUUGUCCGUUUUAAUUAUGUGCAAUUCGGUUCUGAUUAUCACAGUACUUCUGAUUAUGAUAUCGAUCUUCAGCCAUUAAUUUAUGAAAGUGAUAUGGUCUAUGAUGAACAAAAAGAGGAGUUGGAGGGUCGCUACAAUUCAGAUGUUAUUCGAGAAGGAUUCUUGUUUAUUGUUCCAGAAACUAGUCUUUUGGAUAAUUUCAAGAGCAUGAAGAAACGUUACUGUGUGUUGAGGAAAGAUGAAGACGGGAAGGUUCUCCUAGAAAUGCGAAAAUCACAAUUUGCGACAUUAACACAUCCACCAAUGAUCAUACAGCAAGCAGCUUUGUCGACUAGUAAAAAAGGCAGAAAUGUUCUUGAAGUGAGUGGAUAUGGUGCAGAAAGGCGUUCAUGGGUUUUGGCAGCUGAUUCUGAUAGCGAUUUACCGCGAUGGUUAAUUGAAAUUGAUCGUGCUUUGGCUGGUGAUUAUAAAGAUGGAAUGCCUUCAACGAGUACUAAUGCAAGGCUAGAAUCAGCGGGCACAGCAACAACAGAAGCAAAUGACGAACAAGUCUCGACUGCAAGUAAUGAUUCUAGCGAGCUAUUUGGAACUUGCUUUUGGGCUGGGCGCAAUGCUGCCUCAAAAGCCUUGCAGCCGCCUGUUGUUAAAAGACGUUCACUGUUCGCACUAUAUCCUGAUCUUGAUCGAUUAUCAAUGCCAAAAAGUGAAGCAGGCUGUUUGCUGGAAGACAUUGUUGCGAAUGAGGUAACAAGGCCUCCGGAAGAUAAGACUGUGGUACGGUUUGUUGUGGAGUUCCUGAAUUUGAAUAUUAUGUUGCCUAUUUCAAAUACAAAUGUACAGCAGAUUGAACCAUUCUUUGUGCGCAUAUUUUUGUACGAUUGUCGAGCUGGUCAUCGAUUGUCCGAAGAGUUUCAAAUUGAUCCGAAUAGCGACGAAUUAACUGCGACAUUAAAAAUUGGUGGCAGAGAUGGAAUUGGCAAAAGUUUAGUUGAUAAAAGCACAUUGGGAGAAGAUGGUGUCAAUACUUUGUCUGAGAGAAUACUUGCGGAUAAGAAUGUUCGAAAGGUUGUAUAUUCAAUUGCCAAGCCACAUCGUGAUAUUUAUCUGAUUGUUCGUGUUGAUCGACUACUAUCGGUUGAUACAUCAGCAGAAAUGUAUAUGAAAACAUCAAAUGAUCUGAAAGGUGUUGCAAAGUUACAGAAAAUGAUUCAACAGGCCUGUUCGAAAGCGACACAGGAUAAAAUGUCUUUUGCUUGGGCUGCAAGACCGGUAUUUCAAGAAAUGUUAGGAUGUGGAACGAAAUUGCCGAAUGAAAUGCAACUCUAUCGUUGUGAAGGAAGUAAACUAAGUGACGGAGAUUUGCAAAGGAUUCUCGUUGAUUUUGAACGAAUCGAAAAAUCCGGAAAACUCACACAAUUACCAACGGCAACUGUUAGCAUGAAUAUCGAUUUCUUGUCAAAGACAUCCGAGCUGUCAAUGUGUAUAAAUUCGAGUUUUAUGCCUGUUCGUCCAUGGAAUGCAACAUCAGAUAGCCUUGUGUCAGCUUGCUUUGAAGCCCAGUCUUUCAACGAUUUUGUUAGCGAGCCGCAUACAAGUCUUUUCAAUUUACUCUAUGUUUAUCCAUUAACACUUAAGUAUGAUGGCCAGAAAGCGUUUAAUAAAGCACGUAAUAUUGUGUGUACUGUACGUUUCAUUUCUGCAACCAGAGGAAAAGACAUAUCCAAAGUCAUUUACAAUCGAUUUGCAUCACCUACGCCAUUUGUACAUAGCAUGCGUUGCUCAGUGCUGUAUCACGAGCAAAACCCAGUCUUUAGUGAUGAGAUAAAAAUUCAGUUGCCAGUUUCAUUAGAUACUGGCGAUCAUUUAUUAUUUUCAUUCAGUCAUGUGUCGGUUGCAGGGAUCACUUCAAACAAAUCUCAAAAUGAGAAUUCUGAUAGUCCUAUUGGAUAUGCGUGGUUACCUUUGUUAAAGAAAGAUCGUUUAAUUAUUGAACGAGAUGAGCAAGAGUUUUCAUUAUCGGUUGCCAUCGAUUUACCAUCUGAUUAUAUAAACUACCAGUCACUAGGAUUUGGAAAAGGAGCAAAUAUCCACUGGGUAGAUAAUGGCAAACAGUUAUUCCGUGUGCGUCUGCGACUUGUUUCAUCAGCAUUUACAACAGAAUCAAAGUUGCAAGCAUUCUUUCAAAGUUGUCAAAAACUUCAACGUGCAGGUGUUGCUGGCGAUGCAUCGUCAAAAAGCAAAUGGUCCAGUCCGCCGGGUUCAAUUUCGGCAGUUAGCAAUACACCGCCGUCACCUUCCUCAUUACCGGUCAAACGUUCCUGUUCACCAUCUAUCGAAGAUUGUGGAAUUUCGAAGGAGGAGAAGUUUUGGCAUUAUGUAGUGCGGAAAAUCGAGGAACUGUUGGAAGUCGAAAUUGAUAGAAUCAUUCCAUUCUUGCCGGUAACUUUGAAUCGGUUAUUCACCUUAUUGCCAUAUUCGUCAACCGAUGAAAUAGCUCUGAGCACUUUGAGGACCUUGAUUGGUAUUACUGAUAAAAUUGCUGCAACAGGUCAAAAUCAUCUUUUGCGUACAUUUGUCAUUUAUUAUUUCCAACCAGCAGCAAUGAAAGGCAAAUCAAAUCUUGAAGACGAAACCGUACAUUCAGCCUUAUGCAAGCACAUCACUUCUCAUAUCAGCUGUGUUCAGACAGAUAAUGACUCACUUGUCUCAGCAUUCCGGCAACUUUGGUUUCUUCUGGUUGUUGUUGCGAAGAGCAUGGCAUUAUGGUUGCUUGAUGUCGGUUUAUAUAAGGUACCGAGAGAAAAUCGUUUUUCACAGGAAUUGCUGUUUAGAAUUGAACAGUUAAUUGAUAAAGUUGUACCUCUUAUCAUAGCAAAACACCGAGAUAUUCCUCAAGAGUGUCGACUGGCAAAUUCAGCUGUAGCUUAUUUCUUAAGGUACUGCUUGAGUUUUAUGAAUCGUGGGUCCGUAUUCUCCUGGAUAUAUCGCGUCGUUGAAAAUAUGGAUGAAAGUUGCUCAAGGACUAUACUUGAUUAUAAACUGCAAUUUUUGCACAUAAUUAGCAGUCACGAGCACUGGAUACCACUAUGCUUGCCGCUUAUGUGUGAUGUUUCCGGAAAUAUCUUCAGGAAGAACAACACACCAAAUACAGAUAACAUAUAUAGCCGGUGUGCAGACGAAUUCAUCCUUUCUGCUUCUUAUUGCAAACAUCACUUUCCAGUUGGUUUGCUCUAUCAAGAAGUGGAUGCAUCACUUCGGGAACCGCGUGAUUAUCGACGAAAAGUAGUUGCGUUGUUGAGAAAUUUGUUUGCAAAGCAUGCUAGUGAUAAACGGUAUAUGGAUACUAAUGCUCAAAGUUAUAUUGCUACAUUGUAUUCUCCAUUAAUCAGUUUAGUACUUGAUAAUGUGGCAGAAUUUGAAUCGGCUGCUAAAACGGAUCCACAAAGCUUGUCACCUACCGGUCGAUCUUUAUCCUUACCAUCACAUGGAUUGUUAUCUAGAAUGGGAUGUUCUCUGAAAAGUGGUUUCUCGCAUCAAUUUUAUGCUGAAAAAGUUAGCUCUAACUCAUCUGUACCUUGUAUCGCCGGUUUAAUGGAAAAGCUGGAUCGAGGUGAAUCACGGGAUUUGAUGUUGUGUACGCUUUAUUUAUUACAUUUCCUGCCACAUAAAAUUUUGGCUGCAAUGGUAUCUUGGUAUGAAUCAAAUGGUUCUCUUAACAGUUUCAUCUAUUUAUUAUGUAUUGCUCUCGAUUUCUUCAGAUAUCAUGGCAGAAAUCAGACUAUGCAACAGACAUCUAAUAAAAUACGAGGCACACGAAAAACGCUAGUAAUUCUGCCACAUUCUAGCUCAUCCGCUGGAACACUGGGUACUAAUUCGACCACAGUAGAUAGUCGAACGUCAGCAUCGAGCGGCUUCAGUUCCCUCGGAACAGAUCCGUUGUCGACAAAGGCAUGCAUUGAAACUGACGCAGAGGAUGCAACUCCAUUCAGUGUGUUGCAAGAAUCAAAUCUGACUCAAGAAGUAGCUCUAAUUGUUUUAGAAACUGUGAAAGUUUUAGCUCAACAUGUUUCAAAUAUUAUUAAAAAUUCAACGAAUCCCGAAGGAAAUAAAAGUUUUUAUCAGUUGCUUCGUCUCUUAUUAUCAUUACUGGACGAUUAUUGGCCAGAAGCUGUACGACAUCACGCCCUCGCCGCGCUUGCUGUUUUUGUUAGUUUGUUCCGCAUUCAACUUUUUCAAAGUGGUCCUCUGGAUGGCUUAGCUCUAUUGAUCGAGUCACUUUUGCUCCAGAUGAAUAGUCGACUUCCGAAAAUACAGAGUGCCGCUGCAGCACUGUUACAUCUGAUUCUUAGAAAUGGCUACGAUUGCACCUCGAAGACAGUACGCCUUCCUAUGGCCAAUUUAAAUGUAACAAAAUCCCCAAGAAUCUUCGAUGUUCAAAGGCUUGGUCGACCUGGCUCUCAGACCGGCGUCGCAUUAUCAAGAUUGCUUGGAAGGAAAGUUCCUCUGGCUAGCAGAAGUCGUUUCGAACAGGGAUUGCAAAUUUUAGAAAUAUUAGUAAAACCUGUGCCUGGAAGUAGACCAACGUAUUUUGAACGAGGAGUGGAAGAAUUAAUUCAGCAAUUACGAGGUGUACUUUCGGCAACUGGUGCUCUUGCGAAUGCUGUUGAUGAUCCUGUAUUUUUUUAUGCAGUUUGCUUACUUGAGAAGCAUUAUGUGCAAGCAUCAUGUGCAACUGCUAACUUUUUAUUAGAGCUCACAAAGAAUAGUUUUCUCAUUUGUCCUCGUAAGAAAAAGUUGGUGUCUAUUUUUAUCUGUGAAAUUCGAUUAGCAGAUUUACAUGUACAGCUGGCUGAUAGCUAUCGAGGAUCGGCAGCGUUAAGAAGUGCCUGGUUUGAAACACUUGCUGAAAUGCAUAUUCGUGAACGCUGGUUUUCUGAAGCAGCUGUUUGUGAAGCUCAUGUAAUUGCUAUCAUUGGUCGAGAGCUUGCCAUUAAUGGAUAUGCGAAAAUUGACUGGAAUUUACUGGCCUGCAUCAACGAUACGAUAGCCAAGGAAGAAAUUGUAAAUGAUACAGAUUCAGAAAUUAUACAACAAGCAGGAUUCAGUUUGGAUACUUUCACUACGAAAAUAGAAAAGUUAGUUCAAACGUUAAUCAUGGCUGAAAGAUAUGAAGCAGUGGGACCAGUUUGCCGUUUAGCAAUUCCAGUGUAUGAACAACAAAAAAAUUAUCGAGCAUUGGUUAGCAUAUAUGCAGAGUUGCAACAAGCAUAUGCUUUGGCGGAUCAAAUGAAAGUCAGUGGCAAACGACAUCUUGGAACAUAUUUUAAAGUACUUUUCUAUGGAUCUAAACAUUUUGGAGAACAACAUUGUACGGAAUGGGUUUAUCGUGAAGUAGGCCAUACCUCUCUGGCAGAAGCUUGUGAGCGCAUGACAGAUUCAUGCCGUUGUGUUCUUGGCCAUGAUCGAGUACAAAUUAUCCCAGCAAGAGAAAUUGAUAAAACAAAAUUAGAAGAAUCGACAGCAUAUAUACAGAUGAUUCAUGUCGAACCAUGUAUGAACGGCCAUGAUGUUAGUAGUUAUGAAGCUCAUACAAACACACGAGAUUUCUUCUAUGAAGUGUCAGUGAUUGAUGAAAAAAUAACAGCCGAUGCACCAGAAGUCGCUCGGCAAGCACUUAAACGUAUUUUUAUUAAAGUAGAAGAUAGUUUCCCGAAUACAAGACGCCGUUCACGUGUCGUGAAUCAAUUUGAAACAUUCUUGUCACCAUUGGAAUUAGCGUGUGAUAAAUUGAUUUUCAAAUCAAAACAAUUGCGUCGAACAUUAGAAGCAGCAUCAACUACUGGCGAGCCAACGAGACGUUUGGAUGUCAAAGGACUGCAACUGUUGUUACAGGGCGCUAUACAACCUACUGUGAAUAUUGGUCCUCUUGCCUAUGCAGAAGCAUUUACAACACCAGCGCAGAAAAUUCUUUAUGGUUCUAGUGGCAUUGAAAAAUUGGCUGGUGCUUUCAGGUGUCUUGUAUCGGUUUGCGCGGAAGCUUUAGACGCAAAUGAAGCAGUUAUUGGUGAAGACCAAGUUGAAUACCAUAAUAUGCUGAAGAACGCAUUCGCAGCGAUGAUGGAAAGGCUUAACGACUACUUUGGAGAUAUUGUUUCGUUGGACGGAGAUAAAACGGACAAGAUAUCCACUCCAGAUGAAAUGAGUCUAAAGAACUCCAUGCAUAUCCUGGAUUCUAUCGGCGGGGUUGGCAGUUAA